AUGCAUCUAUUCGAACUACCGGAAGAUGUUCUUCUGUCUAUUACAGACGAGGUCGAUGGUUCUACGGACCUUCUGUCACUGUGCCGCACUAGCAAGACACUUUUGCGGAUUACACUCGGCGUGCUUUACCGGUUCAACAUUCAACAACAAGGCAGUUCGGCAUUGCUUUGGGCUGCAAGCAAAGACGAGAUUACGGUCAUUCAGGCGCUGUUAGGUUACGGUGCUGAUAUAAACGUCAAGGACGACGAAGGAUGGUCAACCGUAUCCCUGGCAGCACAGAACGGCAAUUCUAGAGCUGUGGAACUGCUACUUAUGCAGGACAACCUAGAUCUGUGGUCUUACGAUCACCGGUUCACCGGUUUCGAUCGACCGCGCUACACGAAGCCGCAAGGGCCGGCCAUCUUUCUGUGGUCAACUUGCUACUCAAUGACAAGCACGUCAAUGUGA